GUGCGAUGGAUGGGCGUAAGGCGGACAAGGGACAGUAGGUCUAACAGAAUCGAAAUUGAAGGCCACCCAAGCCUUUUGUCAGCCUGAGAGAGAUAGUGAUGGCCACAAGAUGGGGAAUCUGUGGGGCGGGGAAAAUCAGCAGCGAUUUCACCAACAGCCUGACGUCACAGCCAACUACGGAGCAUCAGGUGGUGGCUGUGGCAGCCCGGAAGUUAGACAGAGCCCAGGAAUUUGCCUCGGAUCACAACAUUUCGCAAGCCUACGGUUCUUAUGAGGAAAUGGCAAAAGACCAAAAUGUUGAUGUGGUGUAUAUUGGCACCAUCCAUCCAGAGCAGUGUUAA